GCUCUCCGUCCGAAAAGGAGCUGAGGGUCAUAGGUAUGGCGGCUUUUAGGAUGAGAAAGUUGACAACCAUGCCUGCAGGUCUGAUGUAUGCAUCUAUAAAUGUACAUCUGGCCAAAGAAGAGGAACCUAAAAAGCAGCUAGUGAGACCAGAACAGCUCCCCAUAUAUACUGCACCACCUCUCCAUUCUAAAUAUGUUGAAGAACAGCCUGGUUAUUUACAAAUGGGCUUUGCAUCCAUCCGUACUACAACUGUGCGUUAUAUUGGCUGGUGCAAGGGUGUUUAUAUCUUUAUGAAGAAUGGGAUAAUGGAUACAGUACAAUUUGGAAAAGAUGCAUAUGUCUAUCUGAAGAAUCCUCCUCAAGAUUUUCUUCCCAAAAUGGGAGUGAUUACAGCUUCAGGGCUGAUGGGUUUGGUUUCAGCAAGAAAAGGUUCUAGGUUUAAGAAGAUUGCUUAUCCACUAGGAUUGGCCUCAUUAGGAGCAACUGUUUGUUACCCAGCUCAGUCAGUAAUAAUUGCAAAGAUAACUGGGAAAAAGGCAUAUACUACAAGCCAGCAAAUUUUUCAAGCCAUUAAGUCAUUGUGGACAAAAAGCAGCGAAAAAGAGUCUCUCCCUGAACCACAGGAAGAAACUAAGGUAGGAAAGUCUGGUGAAAUACAUGCUAAAACGCCUGACCUAAAACAUUCAGUGACUUUUCCAAAAGAUCUUGCCUCUGCAACGGCGAUGAAAUCGGAAUCCACUGCAGAUAGUAUAUGCAUCAUGCUGCUCCUGUCAUCUUAUCUAAUGCUAAAAGCAGAGCACAGUUUCUACCUGACCCCAAGCUUAUGGAUCACGGACAGUCUCAUCCAGAAGAUAAAGAUAUGUACAGCACUAGAAGUUGAAAUGGACUGCAGUGGGAGCCUGCGUAGAGAACCACAGAUGUACCAAGUGACAGACGAUGGUUAAAAAUCAUGUGAUGAAUGGGUAACUGACAGCAUGACUAGAAAGUGUCCCAUGACAUUUUCAAAUAAACAGUUUGGCCAAUGAUAGAAGUGGUUAGAUCCCAAAGUAAUGGAUACAACACAAGUAAUAUUAAAAGAUUGAUGAGGCAGCUGAAGUACAAGUACUAGGAGUAUAGUUCAUGACUUGUAAGAGAAUUUAUUAGAAAGCAAAAUAGACUGAAGAUAUAAAUGUCAGUAAGACUCAAACUUGAAAAUAUGCAUAUGUAAAUAUACAUAUACAUGUUUAUACUUAGGAAUCUGGUUCAGUUUUCCCAAUUAUUGCCAGUUAACUUAGAACGGUGGGUAGAAGGAUGUGGUUUUUUUUUUUUCCCCAGAGCUGGAAUAAAAUAUCCAUAUUUUAUGGCACCUGAACUUGGGUUUAUGUCUUUGUUUUAUUUAGUUUAACUACUCUUAAAUGCCUGAAAACAGCUGUUUCAAAGGACCGUAUACUACAUUAUGCUAAUACUGCUUAGCAAUUUUGCUGCUGCUUCCUAGGUAUUGUGCUUUUCUGUUUUAUUCCUCUCAGGCCUCUUAAAUCCAUCAAAGAUGUCUGUUUUCUAUUUUAUAGAGCAGAAAUGUGUAAUUCUUAGAUCUGACCAUUCUCAACCAGCCAUCUAACUUCCAGUUACUCUUUGCAUGCGUUCUUCACACCCUUUCCUAAGACUAGUGCUUCUUGUCAGAUUUCUGAUUUUCCAUUUUUACAGGACUGUAUUUCAUCCUGUUUAACCUUCAGCCUUUGGUUUCUCUUUUCACUCAGUUCUAUCCCUCAACUGCUAAAUAGAUUUAGUU